AGACCCGCCGGACGCGAGGAAGCAACCGUACUUAUCAUCGACGGUGCUUCUUUAAAAUCAGUCGCUCAGGAGCUGCAAUCGAGUAGAGUCGCUCUAACCAAACCAGCUAAGCACCAUGUCUGAGAAGGAGAAGAAGGUCAAGAAGAAGAAGGCGUCGUCCAAGGACGAUACCCCUGCUGACACUCCCGGAGCAGACACCCCGGCGGCACCGACUCCAUCGGAUUCGGCGGCCGGAUCCCAGCGUGGAUCGACCCGCGGCUCGUCGUCCCGCAAGGCAAAGAAGGCCCCAUCCUCGGUCUUCGUGCUGUUCUCCCAGAAGCAGAUCGCCGAAUUCAAGGAGGCUUUCGCGCUAAUGGACAACGACAAGGACGGUGUUAUCGGCAAGAACGACCUCCGCUCCACCUUCGACGCCCUGGGCAAGCUGGUGUCCGACAAGGAGUUGGACGAGAUGCUUGGUGAGGCUGCUGGACCACUCAACUUCACCCAGCUGCUGACGCUGUUCGCCAACCGCAUGUCCGGCGGUGGCACCGAUGACGACGAUGUCGUCAUCAACGCCUUCAAGGCCUUCGACUCCAACGGCAAGAUCGAUGGCGAGAAGUUCCGCUACGCCCUGACCCACUGGGGCCAGGACAAGUUCACCGAGGACGAGGUUGAUGAUGCAUUCGAUCAGAUGGUCGUUGACGAUAAGGGCUUCAUCGACACUGCUGCUCUGAUCUCGAUGCUGACCGGUUCCGAGGAGGAGGCGGAAGAAUAAAUUUUAUAAUUAAAGCCAAAAACAAACCAAAAAACUAACAAAAAAAAUCUAAAACAAUGGAUUCUGUUUAUUUUGUAUAA